CUCCAGAAAAUUUCACAAAAUUUCGUUUCUAAAAGACAGGCUUAAAAUAAUCAUGACUAAGAAGGCUAAAAAAACUAAAAAUACUAAAAACUAUUCUGAAGAUUUCAAUGGUACAAAUAAGCGUUAUUAUUUUGAUGAUACUGAGAAGUUAACAUUGGAGAAAAUGGGGAUUGAUGAAAAUAAUCGACACCAAUUCCCUCUACAAGAUUUAAAGCAAAUGCUCAUUUGUGAACAAAAAGCAAAAAGUAUUGCAGCAAUAACUGAUAAAAUUAUUUACGCUAUUAAAAAAAUAAUUUUUUUCACUCCAAAUUUUAAUAAUAAUAAACCUGAUGCUUCUAAUUAUAGUUGUGCGUUAUUAACUGAUGUUAAUAAUGAUAGUUGGGCGAUCGUUUAUCGACCUUCUUAUGUUAAAGGUAUAGAUGAUGAUUUAAUUGUGAAAAAAUUUCCAGAAUAUGGAAAAAAAAAUAAAACCAAGAGGUUAGAAACGAAAAUACAAAGUGAAAAUCCUAUUCUUGCUGUAAUGUCUGACUCUGAAAUUUCUCUUAAAGAUAUUAUCAAAUUUUCAGUUUUAGUUAAUGAAUUACCUUCAGAUGUAAUUAAUAAUCCAGAUCAGUACCUAUUGCCUUUGGAUAUUGUUUCAAGACCAAUUGCAAAUAUGAGUUUUCGUCAUUAUGCUAUCUAUUUGGGUAAUAAAAAGGUCGUUCACAUUACUGGAGAAGGAACUAAAUGUGAAUCCUGGGAUGAAUUUUAUAAACCUACCUCGUCAUCAGCAGGCUCGUCUUACUUUUCUUUCUUCUCAAUCUUCUCUUCCAACUUAUCUAUGCUAGGUGGUACUGGUAAUUUAACUCGUCAUCAUCCCAUUAUUCCUUUUAAAAAGCAAGAAGCUAUAAUUGAAGAUAUUUCUAAGGCGGUGACCAUUAAUUAUGGAAAAGGAACAUACAGCAUAACGAGCAAUAAUUGUGAGCAUCUUGUUAAUAUGUGUGUUCUAGGGAUAAACCGUUCUGGACAAGUUGAUGGAAAAUUUUGGAAACCCUCUUUUUGGUUAUAUAAAGAACUUAAAAGUGAAGCUGAUGAAUUAAAUUAUCAAAAUUCAUUUUAUAGGAGUUAUAAGAGUCAUAUAGGAAAUUGUAUUAGACGAGCUGGAGAAAGUCGUAAUUACACUCGUAGUAAGUGUGAAAUCGAACGAGAGAAAUUUGACAAAAGAAUAGAAUUACAACCAAAUCCUCCAUGUAAGAUCCAAUAAUGCCUCAUAUUAAUUUGGUCAAGUUGAUUUAAUACAAAAAUUUCUUAUUAUUAUUAUUACUGUAUAUAUGAUACGCACGUUUCUUUUUUGUAUUUUAGUUCCUUGAUUAGUAUUUUAGUAUUUAUUGUUCAACACAUAUAAUAGACGGGAACUUGUACUUGUAAAUUGUAGAGUGGAACAAACUACACUCUAAUGAAUAAUUAAAAUAAAUAAAUUAUAUUUUUCACAUAUUCAUACAGUAAACUACAUUUACAUGGGUCAUGACGAAUUUU